AACAUUAAGAAAUCCACGGAGCCUGUCCAGCCCCGAGCCCUUCUCAAGUUCCCAGACAUCUACGGCCCCAGGCCGGCUGUGACGGCUCCAGAAGUGAUCAACUAUGCGGACUACAAACUGGGGACCACCCAGGAGGCUACUGCGCCCACCAGCUCCCAGGCCCCCAGUGACAGCCGUCUCAAGAAGCGGGUCACAGAGGAGCUGUUCAUCCUUCCCCAGAAUGGAGUGGUGGAGGAUGUCUGUGUCAUGGAGACGUGGAACCCGGAGAAGGCUGCCAGCUGGAACCAGGCCCCCAAACUCCACUACUGCUUAGACUACGACCAGCAGAAGGCUGAGCUGUUCGUGACUCGCCUGGAAGCUGUGACCAGUGACCACGAAGGAGGCUGCGACUGCUAUGUCCAAGGCAGUGUGGCCAUCAAGACCGGCUCCGUGGAGGCCCAGACAGCCCUGAAGAAGCGGCAGCUGCACACGACCUGGGAGGAGGGCUUGGCGCUGCCCCUGGCGGAGGAGGAGCUCCCCACGGCCAUCCUGACGCUUACCCUGAGGACCUGCGACCGCUUCUCCCGCCACAGUGUGGCUGGGGAGCUCCGCCUGGGCCUGGAUGGGGUAUCCGUGCCUCUGGGGACCACGCAGUGGGGCCAGCUGAAGACUUCCGCUAAGGAGCCGUCCACAGGAACGGGGGAGGUCCUCCUGUCUAUCAGCUACCUCCCCGCUGCCAGCCGCCUCCUGGUGGUACUGAUUAAAGCCAAGAACCUCCUCUCCAACCAGUCCAAGGAGCUGCUGGGCAAGGAUGUCUCAGUCAAGGUGACCUUGAAGCACCAGGCUCAGAAGCUGAAGAAGAAGCAGACAAAACGGGCCAAACACAAGAUCAACCCCGUUUGGAACGAGAUGAUUAUGUUUGAGCUGCCCGACGACUUGUUGCGGGCCUCCAGUGUGGAGUUGGAGGUGCUGGGUCAGGACGAGGAGGGGCGGAGCUGGGCACUUGGCCACUGCAGCCUGGGCCUGCACGCCUCAGGUUCUGAGCGCAGCCACUGGGAAGAGAUGCUAAAAAACCCACGCCGGCAGAUUGCCAUGUGGCACCAGCUGCACCUGUAAGCCAGCCACUGCCAACCUCCCUUCU